ACUUUUGCAGUCUUAUAGUCACUACGAAGGGUUAGAGGGAGCCCUCUGCGAAGGCAAGGAGCUGCAGGGCUCAGGACUUCCCAGUGCAAUCCCCGACGAGAACCGCUUGCCGCUACUUGAGUGAAUCAUGCUUCGCCUUGCCACGUCGAGCGCUUUCCGCUCGCAAGCGGCCCGUCUGAGCGUUGCUGCGCAACCGCCGCAGACCCGGACGCUGGUGUCGAGCGUGCUGCUCACAAGAGAUUUGUACAACGACCGCAAGGUGCUCGAUCUCAAGACAGAACUCAAGCAGCGUGGCCUGUCAACGAGCGGAAGGCGCGAAGAGCUCAUUCGCAGGCUUCUGCAAGAUGAUAUUCGGAAGGCCGGUGGCGGUGGCGGUAGCGGUAAUGGCGCCAAGAACCUUCAGACGGGCGGCGCGCGGUCCAAGGCCACGCUGGCGAGCCUGAGGGACAGCGACAAGAAGAAGGGUGGCACUGCUGCGGCUGCCGCACCCAAAGGCAACACUGGUGCUUCCUCCGCUGCAAACGACAGCGCUGCGAUCCCCAAGCCAACGGCGUCGAAAGAGGAGAAAGCCGCCAAGCUCACCAGCGCAUCUGCUUCACAAGGCGACCUGGUCAUCGACCCGUCCGUCGUAGUCUCCAUCGGCGGAGGCUCGAGGAAGCCCUUCGCUUCGCCCAACGUGGUGGCUGCUGCGACUUCGGUUUCUGCAGAUGACAUUCCGCCUCUCAAGGAGCCGGAGAGCAACCCACCAGGCGUGCCACCACAGGACCUACCCAAAGUGCCAAAUACGUUCAAGUAUGUCAUCCCGUACGAGAAGCCCGCGCCGGUGCAUGGUGCAGAGAUUCCCCUCGUGACAGCAUACACAUCCCCUGGGGCGGCUGCGGAUCGCUUCGCCAAAAAGGCGGCUGAGGAGAAGCUUCGGCCUCUGCGCAAGGUCAUCGCCGUCGCCGGCACGUCGACCAUGCCUGGUGGGGGCAUCAGUUCGGCAGCGCACGACGCGGGCUUGAGCGACGCGGGCGACAGCGAAGCACACACUUACGACAGCCCCUCAUCGGCAUCGUCAUCUUCACCUCUACAAUGUCUGCUCUCCGACGUCUGCAACGACCUCGGCGCCAAUGCUGCGCACGUCGAAAGGCAGGCGUCGAAGGUCGCAGGCGACGUCUCCAAGGCUGUCUCGACCAGGCUAAGCGAACUGUCGGAGAGCGUCCGCGCCUUUAGCAGCAGCAGCAGCAGCAGCUCGAGCGCACCUUCUGCGUCUGCUUCCUCCUCAUCGAGUAGCAGCGGCCGCAGCAAGUCCCGCCCGCUCGACGAGCACGAGCGCACAGGCUCAUAUGUCCUCGGUGCGAUCCUCGCCAGCGGGUUCGUCCUCGGCGGGCUGGGUAAAAAGCCGUCUGCGCUGAGCGCCGAUGUGCAGGAGCCGGCGACGCUGGUACAAAAGGCCGUUAGCAAGGCGAGCGACAAGGUCGCUGCCAGCACAAGCGAAAGCACGGAUGCGAGAGGGGCUGCAGACAAGACAUUCUCAGCGGGUAAGGGCCGCGUCGGCAAGGCGCUCGGAGACCUCAAGGUCGGCGUGGCGGCGGGUAACGGAGCGGGCGCAGCUGCCGAUACCAACAGGAACUUUGCAAGUGCCGCUGGCAUCGUCGGCGGCGGGCCGCGCAAAGUGUGACGGAGAGGGCGGGGGGUUAAGGCCCAUCGAUUCUUAGUGCAUGCCCUUGUAGAUCCACACAUUGUCACACAAAAGUGGGAGCGCCUACAUACAACCAGCCAAGCAGUGUCGCCGUGCUUGUGCUCUGUAUCCCUUUGGAGCACUGUGGAACGGAUUCCCGAUGUGAUCCCCAGCGUACGGAACCCUCGCAACGCG